AAAAAAACACAUUAUGCAACGAAAAUAAACCCAACCAAUAAAAAUACAAAAGUGUAUCAAAUACGUAAAUCAUAUAAAAGCAAAAGUUUAGUCGUCGAAGACGAACGUUAAUGCACGCGUUAGUGUGUUUAUGUGUUUUCUUAAGUGACUGAUAAGUUUCAAAGUUUUCUCUUGUCAUCGUAAAAAGGAUAUUAAACGUAUCAAUAGUCAGAGCGAAUCACAAUAUAUCAACGGUUAAGUAUAAACUCAGCCAUCAAAUUUGUCUCUUCGUUAUUAGUGUUUUCCGUGCUUGGAGUGGUCCACUGCGACGGGAAAAAAGAAAUGCAAAAGCAUUUUGAAAAAUCCUACAAUUUAUGUCAUCAAAUACUUUUUCUGGUAUUGGUAGUAUUGCUUCACCAUGCAACUACCAUACUAACAGAAAAAAAUGAGCUGGAAUGCUCGCAUAUACAAUGUAACUUGCGAUGUCCGGCCGAUAGCUACCUCAAGUCAACAGGCACUUAUAAAGAUGACGACGAUGAGGCGGACGAUGAAUUCGAAGAUUAUGAGGAAGACUGGAUUACUUCAUUAGACUACGAUCGUCACAUAAACGCAAAGGAAUCGCACGACGAGAGUAACAAAAGCAGAAAAAGAAGAAAUUCCGAUAAUGACGAUGUAAUGAAAUGCUGUGGCGUGGAGAAUGCGUGCAUAUGCCGUAAAUGUGAUGAAGUUCCAGCAUGUUUUCAAGGUCAAGUGGCCGUGGAAAUGUUUAAAGGUCAAGGUAAACCCGGUAAUUGUUGUUCAACUUUUCAGUGUAUGGACAAAGUCGAUUGCCCAUCGACAAUCAAGCAAAGUUAUUGGAAAAGUUUAUGUACAAAGUGCAGAUGUUUCGGUGAACAAGAGUUGUGCGAAAAUCAUUGCGCCGAAGAAGAAUUAUUACAAAAUUGCUAUUCAGAAUAUUUACAAAAGCCCAUCAUGAACGGCGCGCGCUGGAAAGAAGGCAACUGUGUCAGUUGCACUUGUAAAGCGGGUAACAAAAGGUGUUUAACACCAGUUUGCCCCAAACUAGAAUGCAAGCACAGUCAAGUUAUCGCGAACGAAUGCUGUCCGCAAUGCACGAAUGAGACAUCGCUUAUAUACAGUAAUAGCACGGAAGAGAAUGUCAUCACUGAAGCAAGCAAUUUUCCAAAUACCGCAUCGACAACAAAAACAAUAAUUUAUUCGACAACCGGAUUAUACGAAGAUCUUGAAAAAAUUGUGGCAACUAAGGCGUCAACUAUCGAAAACAAUGCGUCUUCAUUGCCGACUGAUAAUUCUUUAGACGAUUUACCUUUUAACGAGACCAUUGCAGAUAUUUCAUCGCAAAAAGUUAACGAAAAAACUGCGACUACUAUUGCAUCCGCCGACACUUCCAACGUAAGUAAUUCGCCAGAAAACUUUGAAAUCACGGACAUAUCAUCAGCAGCGUCCCCUAUAGCCAGUAGUACAAUUCUAAACUAUUUAUGGAGGAUAACAGCAACUGAACCGACUAUCACAACAACAACAACAAAAUCAUCACAUUUUAAAGAAAACUUUUCGACACCUACUGGCAAAGAAGAUGUGACUACGGAAUUUUCGAUAGAUCCGUUCACGUACUCCACUUCCAAAGAUGAAAUCUCUCAAAGUGAAAACACGGCUGUCCGUAAUUUAGCGCAGACAUCUCCAGCGUUAUAUUUAACACCUUCAACCACCUCAUUGACCCCGCCUAUGCAACCGAAGAUAGCGAAUACAAUCAAUUCAAUAACAUUUUCAAAUUCUAAUAACUUGACGUUCAUUGAAAAUCCUUAUAUAUCGACGACUUUAUCCUCGGAUAUUGUACCGCCUUACACAUCAAAACAUCAAAACAAAACGCUUUCAAAUUCGGAAAAUUUGAACAUUGGAAAUGAAAACUCCCACUGGCUUAAUGAAAUUGAAUACAUUGUUAUGUUAACGCUCUUCAUUGGCUCUUCGCUUUGCAUAGCUUUAGCUUUGAUAAUACAUUAUAAUAAAAAUCGUAAAAAGAUAUACCUAUGCAUACCGAACUCGGAAACAAGUCUUAGUCAAACAUCGACAAGCACUGUAUUAACCGUAUAGGAAAGAAAAUGAAAUUAAACUCUUUCGAAAGCUUAACGUUGACAAGAAGAAAUAAAUAAGUGAUACAUAAAUAAAUAUUUCGAUAAGAAAUUAAUUUCUUUAGUUAGAAUAAAAGAAAAAAAAAAAAAAAACAAAAUUCGCUUUAUAAUUAGGAGACAUGAAUUUACCAUAAUUUAAUCAAAUUUUAAUUAUUCUCGUUAUGUGAAGUAAUCAAGAUUAAAUUGAAAUUUAUUAUCCAUUGCAAGUAAUCGGUGCUUGGUUUCCUCGCAAAGAUUCCUUCUUCACAAAGCCUAACUGUGCACGGCAUUGCUUAAUUGCUAAAUUAAUGACUGAUAGACAACAAUGAAGUUUGUGGUUACAAAUUUAAUCAAAUGCCAUCAUUCGGUACCUUAAUCAAUUGGUUAUUUUGAUAGUGAUAAUCAAGAAAUAAAAAAAUGCACCCGAUAGAUACUUAACCCCUUUUCCCCAUAUAAUGCAGUAAAUUGUAUACAUUCUCAUUUUCCCAAACAAUUUUCAAAGAUUCAAGUUCGUAAUAACUCCGCACUGACACAAGAAUAGCGCGUUAACUGUUUGAAAGCUAUGCCUUGACUAUCCCUGAUGUGCUUCCAAAGUAAGUUGUCAUUGUUGGUCAUAAUCGCUUAUGUAAUUUUUUUUUUUUCUUUCCCAAAAUUUUAAAUCGAAUAUAUAACUUAUAACACUUGUGAUGGAGGCUGGCGAUAGACUGACUCAUUUAUUAUUUAAGCAAUCGAUUCUGGAUCAAUUUAAGUAUAUCUGUCCGUCCUGCCUAGUAAUAUUGUGUUUGACGUAGGCAUUACAAUUUUCGAUAUAUUGUGAUGCCGGUUGGUACGCCCACAUAUUUUUUGACCAAAGGACGAAUCCUAUUGAAAAGCAAUUUGAUCGGACCUAUGACCUUAUGACCUAUUUUCAGAAAGUCGUUAUAUGGCAAAAUUUUAUACAUAUAAAAAGGUCGGUGAAAUAUGUCGCUAUGGUAAAUACAGAAAUUUUUAUUCUUCGUUUGGAUGGGUUUUCGCAUUUGAUCUUAAAACAGAAAAAAGAUUUAAAAAAAAAAAAAGCAAAAAUUA